UCCCCGGACCCCGCAUUCGCUAUAUCCGCUCUCCCCGGACCCGGCAUUCACUGUAUCCGCUCUCCCCGGACCCCGCAUUCACUAUAUCCGCUCUCCCCGGACCCCGCAUUCACUAUAUCCGCUCUCCCCGGACCCCGCAUUCACUAUAUCCGCUCUCCCCGGACCCCGCAUUCACUAUAUCCGCUCUCUCCCCGGACCCCACAUUCACUAUAUCCGCUCUCCCCGGACCCCGCAUUCACUAUAUCCGCUCUCCCCGGACCCGGCAUUCACUAUAUCCGCUCUCCCCGGACCCGGCAUUCACUGUAUCCGCUCUCCCCGGACCCCGCAUUCACUAUAUCCGCUCUCCCCGGACCCCGCAUUCACUAUAUUCACUAUAUCCGCUCUCCCCGGACCCCGCAUUCACUAUAUCCGCUCUCCCCGGACCCGGCAUUCACUAUAUCCGCUCUCCCCGGACCCGGCAUUCACUGUAUC